AAAUUCUGCAGCAGCUUCGUGGCCUUUUCAUUGGCUGAAACCACAGUCAGAUUCUCCUGCGGAAUUAUCUGAUUGAAAAUCAGGGAGGAGAAAGACAGAAAGAGCAACAAGUGGAUGUUUUACGCUGCUUUGCUUUUAGAACUUUGAGGAAAAGGAUUUUUUGCAACGCGUUUCUCCUCAACUGGAAGGAUUUUCUUUAAAAGGAAAUUUUAUUUGUUUUUGGUGUUGGGAGGCUGUUCAGUUAACGGAUCAACAUGCCUCGUUCGUUUCUGGUGAAAAACAAAAGGUGCACGUCUUAUAAUGUCCACAGAGCCUAUGAAGACGAGCAGAACCUCUCCAUAUGUGCCGAAAUGCCAGCAGAGGUUCAGACCACAGACUCUUCAGAAAAGCCUCCAUCUUCACCUGCAGGUCGCUGCUCACCUGAAAAGGACGAAGCGGAGCGUGAAGGCACUUUACCUGUUCACCCAGAGCCAACCAGACCUCCGGUAGCUCCCACACAGCCCUACUACCCAACAGAGCCUCACAUGGCCGAGUUCCCUCCCUACUAUAAGCCCACGUUCACCUGGGAGUCGCCGUCCUACGACCUCCGUCAGAUGAGCUUCAGCCCCACGGUGCUGCAGCAUGCCAGCAAUCUGUACGGAAGCCACAUCCGGAGCAGCCCUCAGCCGGAUCAGCCUCUGGACUGCAGCACCCACUACUCCCCCACCUCCAACACCUACCACUGCAUCACCUGCGACAAGGUGUUUUCGACGCCUCACGGACUGGAGGUUCACGUCAGGAGGUCUCACAGCGGCAUGAGGCCUUUCGGAUGCAGCAUCUGCAGGAAAACCUUCGGUCACGCCGUCAGUCUGGAGCAGCACAUGAACGUCCACUCACAGGAAAAAAGCUUCGAGUGUAAGAUGUGUGGGAAAUCCUUCAAGCGCUCGUCCACUCUGUCCACACACCUGCUGAUCCACUCGGACACGAGGCCUUAUCCCUGCCAGUACUGUGGGAAGAGAUUCCACCAGAAGUCGGACAUGAAGAAACACACGUACAUCCAUACAGGCGAGAAGCCCCACAAAUGCCAGGUGUGUGGCAAAGCGUUCAGCCAGAGCUCCAACCUGAUCACACACAGCAGGAAGCACACGGGAUUCAAACCGUUCGGCUGCAACGUUUGCUCAAAGGGCUUCCAGCGAAAGGUGGAUCUCCGUCGGCACCAUGAGAGCCAACAUGGCAUGAAAUAGUAGUGUUAAAUUAACGUUUACAAUAAGUUUCCGUUAAAUAAAAGAUCUAUGAAGAUUAACCGCAGGGAUAAAGUUCGCUGAAGGCCUGUUUGAGAUAAUAUAUUGGAAGAAAAAUGUGUUUACAUGUGGAUAAAAGGGAGAAAUGUCAUUGUGUUCAUUGUAAUUUUGUAUAAUAUAUUUAAAAUAAACUGUGUGUGAUGUAAAGUGGUUGACAAAUGCUGAAUAAAGGGUGAACCGAGAA